UUCCAAAAUGGCGGCUUGCCGGAACCUUAGAAAUACAGGUUGUCAUCUCUCUUGCCUUUAAAUCCCGCAUCUGCAUAUUGACGUUGACGUUUGUCUCAUGCAUGGACUCACUUAGGAUUUAAGAAAGCUGGCAUGGACCUAAAACCAAAAAUAACCUGUCAUGGUGACAAAGAUGUGUAUAAUAAACUUAACCCAGAACUUGCGAAGAGACUACCAAUAGAAUCUACAGAAUGGAGAAGAUCUUAUGGAAGACCUGCCAAGACUGUAAAACUGAAGGCAAAUUUUGUGCGUUUGUCUGAGGGUAUGCUGAUGGAUGUCAGUAGUGUUAGUAGUGCUUCAAGUCUUCACAAACAGCCAUUCUUUCAUAUUUAUUGGACUGAUUGUCAGGAUGCAGAUGAGUUUAAAAGUGGGGUAAAAGACAGCAUCACAGAUUGGAUGAAAAAGCUACGUGAAAGAAAUAUUGUGGACUGGAUGAUUAUCCAAGUUGUGGCUCAGGACUCACUUAGGGGAAACAAACCAAAGUUGACACUUCCUCGCAGCACAGUGUUUGACAAAAUCAAAAGUGACUUUGGUGGCAAGAACAGUGAAAGAAUAAUACAACUUUGGGAACCUUUCAAAGAGAGCCAGGCAACACGAUCUGCAGAAUCAUGGCAGAACUUGGUCACCAAACUACGGCAGUUGUUAUUACAGUCAUUCAAUCGACACUUAGGGAAGUUUGAAGAUCAAGUCAGGUCACUAAGGGAGAGACGGACUGAACCACAAUGGAGCUUUACUACAUACUUCUUAUUGCAUGAGGAAUUGUCCUUUGUGUUUGAGAUGCUGGGUCUCUAUGAAGAAGCUCUGAUUCAAUAUGAUGAAAUAGAUGCCCUUCUAACUCAGCUGGUCAUCAACUCUAAAUAUAAAGAGCCCCUUGACUGCAUCGAUGUCUUCAUGCGAGACUGUAAAUGUUUUGAUGGAGUAUUGUUAGCUAAGAGUUCUCAAGACUUCUUGCGACAACUCAUCAAGACUCAGGAAGCCAGCUAUGUUGACCUGCGAAAUUACCUUUUUUCCCGACAAUGCAUCCUUCUGUUGAAGUUGAAGCGACGUGCAUGGGAAAUUGCUCAACGUUUGUUGGAGUUCUUACACAAUCUUGUUCAUGAACUGGCAAUGGAUGAACUUAAGAUCUCCAUGCCGACUGGUGGAGCAUCGUGCUGUAUCAUCUUAACGAGCCUGGAGGUGUUAAAAGCUUGUGAGGAACAAUGUUUUCGGGAAGAUAUGAUUUACAGUUUGCAUUUUGCUCUUCUAUACCAGUAUGCUAAACAAAAGCUGGAUGAAUUGGGAUCUCUUUGUGGCCUUUUGCCUGAUACCACUCCAACAGAAAUUGCUCAACAGAUUACUGAUACCCUGCUCUCCGGGAUAGCUAAAACACAAUCCGAUGGAGAUCUUCAACCCAACAGUCCAUCAACAAGACUCCAGAAGGCUCUGUCGUCGAAAAAUGCCUUUCAAGCACUAUACCUGGAUUUGACAGAGCGAGCAAUCGAAGUCUUUAAGAACAUCGGUAGAGCUCGAGCUGCUAAGGUUCUAGGUGUGGACCUGGCACAGUUUUACUUUUCCCGUGGAGAGUUUUACCGAGCAGAGCCUCUGCUUGUUGAUGCAUACAAGAUGUACAAACACGAGAGGUGGAUUCUGCUUGCAACACAGUGUUUGGUCAAACUGGCUCGCUGUCAAAAGCAGCUCAAACAUCUUGACAAAUAUGCUGCCUCCUGUUCGAUUUUGGCUUGUGAGCAGAGUUUGCCAUCCGAGAGGAGGUCCCACUACACUCAGGAGUUGUUGCAAGUCAUGCGAGACACAAUGGAUUCAGCGCAAGCCAUCAUUGUACGAGCUGAACCAUUACUACGAGUAGAAGAUGUACAAAUUGAUCUGAUGAAGGGUAUUGGUAGCGUUGGAGAGAGUAUUAAUGUCAAACUCAAGCUGUUCAGCGCUCUGGAGGAGGAGGUUACUUGUGGACGGAUCAGCUUCAGUAUUCAGACAAAUGAUCUUAAGCGUGUGGGUAGCAUUCGUUCAAGUAAGAGAAACCGAGCUACGUCUCCGCCAGAAGUUGCAGAGAAUAGGCUGUCUUCAGCUGCGCUCUCUGAAGAAGACUUGUCAGAUAAACCUGUCACAGAGGAUCAAGCAGCCGACGGAGAAGCGCUCUCUGAAGUUGACAGAGUAGAAAAAUCUCGUCCGCUGCCCCCUCGACCGCCAUUAUUACCAGAGGUGAAGAGUGUAGAAGAGUUGAAUGUUUUAACAGAUGGAGGUGACUCAGACUGCUGUCUACAAUGCUUCAAUGUUCCCUUGAAAUAUGGGGUCAACGAGUAUAACCUCACUGCACAGCUGUCCGAACCAGGUAACUAUUUCCUAAGGCAGCUUUGUGUGGAGAUUGGUCGUCUGGACUUUGUUUGGCCACAGUUAUCUCUAUCAAGGCAGUCCAGAGGAUUUGCCAUCGUGUGCGAUCCUCCACAAAUAAACUGGACUCACGAAAGGGACCAUCAUCUGUUAUCUGGCCUGCUACAACAAGUUACUCUCAGUGUGUCUGUCGAUUCUGGAUCCAUUGCAGACGGGUCAGUGCUGGAAAUCUCUACAAACGCUGGUCUUACCUUCGAACCUGUGCAGUCCGGACACGCUAUUAUAAAUUGCUUAAUGGGUAAAGAGGAGAGAAAAACAGCUCCCUACAAUGUAGCCGUCAACAUGAUUCCUGAAGAUGAUGGUGUCCCUGGCAGCUCUGUUGCCAUGGUUACCCUUCCAGCCUUAGGACCCUACGCUAGAAUCGAUUUUAACUUGAAGCUGCGUGCAAGUUUGGAGAAGCAAAGUAUUCAGGAGGAAAUCACAGAACACAAGCUUGUGUUCAGUUGUAAGUGGCUGUCUCCAGUGGUCACCGCAGAGCUGUCAUGCUUGUUUCACCGUCCGUUUUCCAUUCGUCACGUGCUUCUCUCGUCUGAAAGCAACCGAUUUGUUCAAGUGAUAGUAAGUGGAAUCAAUCCUAUUGAUCUUGUCAUCUCAGCUCCUCAGUUGAUCAUCACCAACUGCUCUUCGGUGAAGGUCACACCUCUGCACAGCUCUGUGGAAUAUAUAAUCGUCAACAACCAAGAGGUAUCCUUCCUCUGGAAAGUCGAUUGUAAGGAAGGUUCAGCGUCGGCGCUCGAGUGCGAGUUUAGGACUUCGUUUUCACCAAAGGAGACUACGGACAGUAUUCUUUCCUCAUCGGAGAAGAGAAACUAUCUUUACGACUUUAAUGUGGAUAAUACUAAGACAUUAUACACCAUAAGUUCAAGGGUAGAGCCUGCGGAGGAUUCUGGGAAACUCUUUGCAGGUUCGACUUACAAGUGGCACAUCACUUUUACAAAGUUAUUUGACGAAGGUACUCCUGAUACUUCACAACUCAUGUACGAUGUUGACUCCGAUACAAACACGUGGGCCGUGAACGGACGCAAAAACGGUGUUUUGUCCAUACCCACAGGUGUCAUGGCAACUAGUGAAGUUGUUCUUAGUCUGAUACCACAGACGGGCGGGAACUUAGCGAUGCCAGAAAUAAAGUUAAUGAAGUAUGUCGAAAAGGACGCGACUUUACCGCAAGCAAAGAAUAUCGAGGGCGCAGGUGUGAACGCGUCUGAAACGCUUUCAAAUCAGCAAUCCCCUCUUAUUUUGCCGUUUACCUGCGGUCAGGUGUAUAAUAAGACAGCGGCGGUUCGCGUCAGCGUUUUGCCAAGCAAUAAUCCUGAUCUUGCUUGGAUAUGAACCGACCGUGAAUUCAAAACAAAAUGUUUAGUGGAGUUUGGAACAAAUUUAAGAAUUAUGACUGAAAAACUUAAACGGUCCUUCCGGGAAUUUUACGAGUCAUUGAUAUUCUUCUGAAUCAUUGCAAUCAUCAUAUCAUCAUCAUCAUCAUCAUCAUCAUCAUUAUUAUUAUUAUUAUUAUUAUUAUUAUUAAGUCGAAGCGUAAUUUCCGCCGUACUCUCGAGUCUAGUCUUCGAUCCUCCUGACUUUGCUGUCCUGUACGGCGGCUGAUAAUCGAGCCUAAAGGAAGUCAUUCGACCAAGAUUGCUCUGAAAAUUAAGAGAGCUCUUUCACUUGGCGCAUCGCGCCGCUGUCAAAUUUUCUAAAAUCAGUGAGAAGAUCUAAGACCUGAGUACAAUAUGUCUAUGUUGUCUUCGUCAGCAAGAUCUUGAAGUAGUUUUAUUCACGACUGCUCAAAAACCAAUUACAAAAUGAAAGUUUUCAAUCCCACUUUGUUUAACAAGGAAACGUAUUUCACAUUAUAGUAGCUAAAAUGUCAGAGCUGCCAAAAUCUUCACUUAAUGUUGCCCGGUUCCCAUGACUCUCGAUUGCUGCAUGGGCAACACCUGUUGAGAUUCGAAACAAACAGCAGCAGUUUGAGAAACUCAUUGAGCCGUGGUAUUUUUUAAAAUAUUAAUUUAAAAGUUAUGCAUCGAAAAAGCUUAUUCAGAUUGUGUCUGUACUCCUGGGGGUAGGAGGCAUAAUCGGUCACCUGAAACGUCGAACCUCAAAGGUCACGCCUUUGACAUGCAACCUGCGCUGACGCUAUUUUUAAACCAGCUGGUGUUUUAUUUCUUCAGAAGAACUUUAUUGAAUUUUUGAAUAAAACGGCGGGUCACCAUGCCUCUCCAGCUGCCUUGCAUAUUUACAAUAACUCCUCAUAUCCACCUGAUAAGGAUUGUGAGCCCUUAGUAAUUAAUGUUUUCGUUAAUUCUGUGUAAUUCUGCCAUGUUCAAACUAUAGAGAUGAGGUCAUUACGGAGAAAGGUUCUUGCGAACUAUUCUUAAUUAGGAAUAGAUUGAUGUUCCUGACGGGCCCCGACGAUCAAGUGAACGCCGCCAUUUUAUGUAUGUGCGCUGAUCACGCGUCAUAGUGACAGUACUUAAUGCAAUGCGAGGCAAUGGCUUGAACAAGAGCUACAUACUUCAGUCCAUAUUUUUAAUUACCUUAUUUGUUCUGUUUUCCCAAGACCCUCCUCUUGGGGUGGAGACGCAUGAACUCUCUGAUGUCAUCCUCUACGGCUGAAAAGAGUUCAGUGAUAAUGAUGUGAGAAGUUGAUGGAGAGAUUUAGGGGAAUGGGUUUGCUUUCUAGCUCUGCCAGCCACACGGGCAUGCGCACUGAUAUCUGUAGGACUCCUUCGCACGAUUACGCUUGCAUUUGCUGAAAUUAGUAGAAGCCUUUGUGAGAAGGCAGGAAAUGCAAAGAAUUUUGGACUGUAGGUGUGUUGAAUGGCUACACGAAGCUCUUCGUUAUUGUUGUCAAAAGGCAACACAGACCAAUCUAAUAAAGAUUCACACCAUGAGUUAACUGGUUUAAAUUCUCUGGUUAGAACGAUCCCCAGGUAUAGGCCAAUCAGAGCGAAUCA